AUGGCUUUACCUCCUCAACCUGUGAAAAACUUGGAUCAAAACAUAAGCAAACCUAAAAAGAGCAGUAGUCACACAAAGAACAAGCCUGUACAAUGUUGGGGUGCUGUGUAUGGAUUGCUUCCUUGCGAGUCAUUUGGUUACCCAACACAAUGGAACCUUUCUAGGGCCAACACUGAGAUGCAAUUGGGCAUGGAACACCAAGGAUAUACUAUGGAUGAUAUUGGAGAGGGUCCUAUGGACGAUCAGUACCUGCCACAAAUUUCAGGUCUUGGGGAGAAUCAUGUAUUCCAAAGAAUCAAGAAUGCUUGCAUCCGGUCAGAAAUCCUUUGGCCCUAUGAAAUAUUGAGAGCUCUCAAUGCAGCUGUAAACCCCAAGACAUAUGCGGCAGCGGAAAGAGUCACAAGCUUCAUUCAAAAAACCGCCGGCCUGUUGCUUGCUGAGCGGAUCAAGGCUUUGCACAACAAGGUAGUACAAGGUCAGAAUAUUUGUGUAUUCAUUCAUAUGUUUUGUGCUUUACAAAAGCUGGAAAGCUGA